AUGCCUCUAGCGACCAACACCCCAGUGGAAUCGUCCGGCCCGCUCGCCGACUUCUUUUGGAUUGCUGGUGUGGACGGCAAGGAAAUUGAAGACACUUACUGGAAACUACGCAAUGAUUAUAUGUCCAACAGAGAAAGUACACCGGGCCCGGCCGUAUCUGACACCAUUGAGGAAGACACCGAACUGGAAGAAGAUGCCAGCACCACUACGAACAAUGUCGGCGGUGGUGUGAAGAGGAAUUCGUAUAAUCGACUGUCGAGGCUAUCCAACGAUGCCCGUAUGUCCAUUCGAUCAGUGGACUCCAGGGUCUCCGGUACGAACAGCAAUCGAAGCAGUAUGACUAUUCGCGCGACACCGACAGUGACUCUUGAGAAUUCCGAAACAAGCCUGGGCGACUUUGAUUUCGACAAGGCUCUACUCAAGUUUGCUUCAGAGAGAGAAUCUUUCUUGUCCGAUUUGAGUCUGAGUGCUGGCGCUAUCACGCCUAACGUCAAACCGCCCAAACCUCGCCCCAAAGUGCAAAAGAUUGUUUCGGAGGACAGGCCGGUGUCUUCGAAUCCCUUGAAAUCAGGCAUUGGCAGUGUGCGCCGACACAUGUCUUUCAGAGAUAUGAAUAGCAUGAGAAGACAGCCGUCGGUUGCACGACAGGCAUCUGUCCGUACAUCCCGACGAUUGAGCAACUACAACUCCGUGAUACCCGUUCCUCAGCCGAUAGAUACCUCUCCGGCAAUGCACCCUCUGAAACGAAGAUUCGAGCCGGUGCUUUUGGACAGAUAUCCACAAAAAGGAAUGCCGGAUGAGCAUGCGCAGCGCGGCACGUUUCCCGACUUUGUGCCGAUGUUUGCGUUUCCCAACGAUAUCAACAUUGUUUCCUCGGAUCAGAAACCAAGGUCGACAUGGCAUGGCUUUGUAAUGACGGGAGGCGACGGCAGCAAGUUACACGGCGUGUGCGUUAUUUUGUGGAUUCCGCUGGGUCAAAAAGCAGCAGAGGCGCUCGAAGAGUGCUGCGAGGAAUGGCGAAAAGAUAACAUGACCGAUGAGGAACGAGAAUUGGCAGCUAGUCUGGGCGGUCGGUUGGCUGUUGAACGGGCUAAACUAUCCACGUUGUUAGCUCAGCUUCCCGGUGUACCUUCUGGAUCCCCAGAACGCGAGAAACUCGAAGAUGACAUCAGUGCGGUUGAGGAGAAGAUUGGAUUAAUGACAGAUCUGCUUCGACCGGUGCGACACGGCGCAGCAUCCAAGAUCGAGGGCCUUACCGACGAUACAGGUUUCUGGAUUCCUCGAGCUUAUGGUAUUCUGGGCAAGAAUGCAUCCAUGACUACCUUCUGGAAAGAGUGGCUCAAAGCUGUGUCUGUUCCUAGAACCAAUGGAGGCGUAUUGAGAGUCCCGGCCAGCUCGCCUACUGUCGGUAUCUGGCAACCACUGGAACGAUACGUCAUGAAUCUUUGCACCGAGGCUUUUAGUCCGAUAUCUUCCAAAACCCAAGUCGAGCUGUCGGUAAGAGAGUUGCGGCUGUUUGCCAGGAAAGAAGCGCCAAAUGAGCUCCCGGGCUCUCGCAAUACCGAUUUGUACGCCCUAUUCCGUUCCUUGUCGAUAUCUAAUAUUAUUGUUCUUUUCGAGUACGCCUUAUCGGAAUCCCGCAUCAUCUUUCUGUCAUCUCAUACAUCUAUGCUAUAUUUGGCGACACGAGCUCUGAUUGAUCUUUUAUUUCCCUUCACAUGGUCCGGAGUUUUAAUUCCAGUGUUACCAGCUCGUCUUAUCCAAGCAUUAGAGGCGCCAUGUCCAUAUAUUGUAGGGAUCGAGAGACGGUACGAGAAGGUGGAACUGCCCUCUGAAGAUUUUGUUUUGGUGGAUCUUGAUGCCGACAAGAUCGAAAGCGACGUCCAACCCACACCACUACCGCGUCAUCAACGGAAGAAACUUUUGUCCCUCCUCCAACUGGCUGCACCACAUCAUAGCAGAUACGGCGUCCAGCCUGGCCCUCCGUCUUAUGCUAUCGAGGCUUAUCCUUUUGACUCUUUCCCUACCGAAAACUCAUCCAUCUUUACUCCACGAGCACAGUCUACGCAACUGGCUCGUUAUGUCAGCCUCAACUCAACGUCUUUUGGAAACGAAUAUAGCCCAACACCUGCGCCCUCACCGAUAUACAACGUCUUUUUGCACGCUCGAGAUGAACAUCCCAGCUCACGGGGCUUAUCAAGAGGCAACAACGAACGUCCAACCACGAGUUCCACCUCAAAAACGGGAUCCCCACCAUCACCCAGGACCAGCUCGCCAACUUCGGGAUUCUUCCCUCCGCCCAUACCAGGAACUCCCGUAUCUCGCAAUGACUCGGGUAUGGCAUUACAGGCUUCGUUGAGAGAGAAAAGAUCUGGUCACUUUGAUUCGUCCUCUCGUAGAAGCUCAUCUUUUGGCACAGAAAGGAGAGGCGUACCGCGGCGCCCAAGUGCACCAUUCUUGGGCCAUGCUUCGAAUCUGUCGGUGACAACGCUGAAUACUGACUACGGGGCUGGAUCGACAUAUGCGCCCUCGGUUUAUGCCACCUCUACGAUUGCUGCGUCUACUAUUGUCCCACAAGCUAUUGCUCAGCCUGUAUUUAACACAGAUAGCACAUGCUGGAUCGAGGGCCAUUGUCUGCAGGUCCAACCACGUGACGAUAAGGCCAUUUGUUCAAUUUGCGACGAACGAGCAGAUGAGAAAAUGUACAAAUGUACUGGAUGCAAAACACACGUUCAUGGCAGAUGCACACCAUUGAUCUGCUUGGUGUGUCCUGCUGCGUUCCAUCCGGAGCAAAUUCGCGCGGCGUUUGUACGUUGUUUCGCCAGCUUGUUAUAUACAUACAAGAAAUAUCUUCAGCCAGCUACGAAAGAGCAAAAGAAGUCUGGCUUGACAUACCAUUUCAAUAUGGAUGCUUUCCUUCGAAGCCUGCCACACGAGCAUGCGGAGUAUAUGACAGGUCUUCAGCAAACACAAGGUUUCAAUGAGUUCAUCAGCGAGCGCGAGAGGGUCCAACCGAAUGUCAAGGACUCAAAGGUUACGCUAUUCGACGAGAUUAUUCUCUCGAAACGUAAUCGUGGUCGGACCUCUAUUUUCUCUGGACGCAUGACUACCGAUUUUCUCUCCAACACGUCGGACCAUUUGUGGAGAUCAGCGGCUGCAACUUCUUUUCCUCCCACCAGUCGGGUCCAGAACGGUAUAUCAGAGGAUUAUUCAGAAGUCAUCAAGCGAGCCCCCGCGAAGCUUGAUCACUCUUUCAUGAAAGAACCGCGCAUGGUUCAAGGAGUUCCGCGGGUCUCCAAGACUGCCAACAACGCUCGCCGAAAGCCAUUACCGAAACUGAUGAAUGGUCUUUCCAUUUCUCCGCCUUAG